AUGUCAAUUCGUCCUCCAACUCAUGCUGGUUCUUGGUACAGCAGUAGCCGUGGUCAACUGGACAAACAGAUGACCCGUUUUCUGGAUGCUGCUCCUGAUGCCAUCAAAGGAGCGAGGGUACUGAUCGGACCGUAA